AUGACCUCCCUGCUCGCCAAAGACUCGUACCUGCAGAACCUGGCCCGGAAGAUCUGCGCCCAGCCCAGCGCAGAGCCGAAGCGCAAGUGGGUUGAUAAAACUCAAGUCUCAGAAGCUGCUGGGUCCUCAAAAAAGAAGAGGAAGAAGAAAGCGCAGAAGUUCCGGGAACAGAAAGAGGUGGCCCCAAGGCACAGGCCUGAGUCCCUGGGGAAGAAGUCUCAGGUGGCGUCUGGGGCCAAAGAACCAGCGGCAACCCAGGAGGCAGAGGCCUCCAGCAACCCCAGAGCUCCCAUAGAGCGCCCGGCUGCCCAGCCCGACUCUCUGUUUGCCCUGGAUGUCCUGCGGCAGCGGCUGCAUGAGAAGAUAGAGGCGGCACGGGGCCAGGGCAGCACCAAGGAGCUGUCCCCUGCUGUUCUGGAGAAGCGGCGCCGGAGGAAACAGGAGCGAGAACGGAAGAAGAAGAAGAAGAAGGAGCUGAGGGCCAAGGAGAAGGCAGCCAAGGCUGGGAAGGCCGAGGUGACCACUGAGCCGGCCCCCCAGGUGCCCCACGCAGAGCCGCCUGAGCCCACGGGGCUGAUCUUCAACAGGGUAGAGGUGGGCGAGGAGGAGCAGGCCACCAGCAGGGCGCAGCGGAGGAAGGAGAAGAGGCAGCAGGUGAAGGGCAACCUGACGCCGCUCACCGGCAGGAACUACCGGCAGCUGCUGGAGCGCUUGCAGGCCCGGCAGGCACGGCUGGAGGAGCUGCGGGAGAAGGAUGAGGGCCAGGCGCGUGCGCUUGAGGCCAAGAUGCAGUGGACCAACCUGCUGUACAAGGCGGAGGGCGUGAAGAUCCGGGACAGCGAGCCGCGGCUGCAGGAGGCCCUCAAGCGGAAGGAGAAGCGGCGGGCGCAGCGGCAGCGGCAGUGGGAGAAGCGCACUGCGCACGUGGUGGAGAAGAUGCAGCAGCGGCAGGACAGGCGGCGCCAGAACCUGCGUAAGCUGAAGGCCGCCAAGGCCGAGCGACGCCUCGAGAAGGCCCGUAAGAAGGGUCGCAUCCUGCCCCAGGACCUGGAGCGAGCCGGCCUAUCCUGA